AUGCAUGGUGAUCUGCUCAGCAACGGGCUGCUGAUAUACAUGCACAAACUGCACGCCCUCAUUCUCGAUGCCGCUGUCAGUCACAUGGCGGUCAGCGCGGAACACCGGCCGGCUGUUGUCUUCUUUACACAACUGGCGGUGGCGCAACGUGGCUGCGGCGACGGCAGGAGCACUCAACAUUGGCGUGGCGGCGGCCAGCGUGGCGGUGGCGGCAGCUUACCACGACCGCUGCCUCCUUCAUCCACGCGUGCCCUUCGGACUGGCCAUGCACGGCGCGGCGCAGGUGGUGGCGGUGUUCGGGCUGGGUCUCUGGGCAGAUGUGACAGAACAUCUCCAGUACAGGCUGUACCGGGCGAGGCUACGGCAGCGAGACAGAAAGAACAAGAGGACAUCCUUCCUGUACCGCAGAGAACACCGCGUGUACAAAAGCCUCAGCGUGGACAACGUGCGGAGGAAGACGUUUGGCUUUAUCCCCGACGAGCGUGCGGAACCAUCGAUAUUUAUGGGUUAAGAAGUCAAGCCAUUCCACCAGCCUGCCACCACACACUCCUCGUCUUCUGCCAAGCUGUCUACUCUGCCUACAACGUUUUCUAUCUCAUCAUUCUGCUGGUGUGGUUUUGCUGCAUCUCGUGUGAAUCCAUUGUGCGGGGGCAUGCUAACCUUCCCCCUGUGCCCCGCCCCAUCCCAAAGCUUUCCCCAGAGUUUGAUGAUGGCUACAAGCACCCACCAGGCUGGGCGUGGCUGUGCUGGCUAUGUGGGGUGGCUGGCCUUAUCUGUAUGUUCCUUGCCCUUCCUAUGCUGGAGAUUGGCAUCAUCUACCUAGGGAUCUGCUCCCCACACUCUAUUGUGCCUGGCUGGCUGCUGGGCCAAGGAGCAAUAUCAAUGGCAUGCCUGGCAAUUCUCUUCCCCAUAUACUGCUUGCCCCUGAAGCUUGGCACCAAACUGCUUGCUUCCCUCCACCUUGUGGCCUGCAUCCUGGCUGUAAUGGUGGUGGUGUGGCCUCCUCUAGGGCUACUGUCUGUGCUGGCUGGCUGGAGGGAGAGACAAGACAUCAUCCUCAACACCUCAGGCUACUGUGACCCAGAAUUCCAGCUGUUCACAGUGGUGGUGGCGGCCAUUCUCAGCCUGCCCCUGACCUGCCUCCUCUAUGCUGCCUGUCUCCUCCUCAUUGCUGUGGCCAUUGUGGGCACCGGUAUUCUGCUGUUUUGGGGUUGCUGUGAUGAGGGCAUCAGCAGUGACGUGGGGAUAGUGACACACACGCAUGCCAAAAGUUGUCUAUCUAGUGCAAAAUGUAAUGGCCACACCACCAGGCUGACCUCCUGGAGAGGAAGUGGCAGUGGGGGGGAGGAGUGGGGCUAUGAUGGCCAGAGCACGGGGACUCUGCCUAUGCAGAAUGGAGACCAUCUAUGAGGCUUCAAGCAAAGUUCCUUCAGGGAAUGAAGAUCAAAGAAACUGCAUGUCCACCCAUCACCCCAUGUCUGAUGCAGGUGUUAACACCUUACCAGGAGUAAAGGUAAAUUACUGUAAUAACCUGGAAAAUAGAGUGACCAUAUGUAAUGAGAAGAAAUGGUAUAAUUCACUCACCAAGUCCAAGGCAACACACCAAGAAAAUUGAUGCAAUACAAACAGGACUGAGGAAUUCAUGAAAUGUUCAUUAAUGAAUGUCACAUCCAUUUCUUCUGAAUGGAUCUUUUCAAAAGCAAACAUGUAUCAACACCAAUGUCUGUGUUGUCAUGACUGUCAUCCAGUGUAGCAGAUGAGAACUGGUAGAAGCUCCUUCACUAAUGGUAAUGCUACAUGAGUCAAGUACAUACUAAUAAAUGUU